UGAGAGCUGGGGCGGGGCUGGCUGGGAGAAGUAGAGAGCAAAGCGGAGCAGCAGGAGCAGGAACAAGGCGAGGUCCGGAGACAGCAUGUUCACGCCCAUCCCCAAGAGUGGCUCUCCAUUCCCGGCCUCCGUGCGGGAUCCUGGCCUGCACGUGUGGCGGGUGGAGAAGCUGAAGCCGGUGCCUGUGGCGCGCGAGACCCAGGGCGUCUUUUUCUCGGGGGACUCCUACCUGGUGCUGUACAACGGCCCGGAAGAGCUCUCUCAUCUCCACCUGUGGAUAGGCCAGCAGUCUUCCCGGGACGAGCAAGGGGCCUGCGCUGUGCUGGCCGUCCACCUCAACACCCUGCUGGGGGAGCGGCCCGUGCAGCACCGGGAGGUGCAGGGCAACGAGUCUGACCUCUUCAUGAGCUACUUCCCGCGGGGCCUCAAGUACCAGGAAGGUGGUGUGGAGUCAGCAUUCCACAAGACCUCCCCUGGGACGGCCCCGGCAGCCAUCAGGAAGCUGUACCAGGUGAAGGGGAAGAAGAACAUCCGGGCCACGGAGCGGGCGCUGAGCUGGGACAGCUUCAACACCGGGGACUGCUUCAUCCUGGACCUGGGCCAGAGCAUCUUUGCCUGGUGUGGUGGGAGGUCCAACAUCCUGGAGCGCAACAAGGCCCGGGACCUGGCCCUGGCCAUCCGGGACAGCGAGCGGCAGGGCAAGGCCCAAGUGGAGAUCGUCACCGAUGGGGAGGAGCCUGCUGAGAUGAUCCAGGUUCUGGGCCCCAAGCCUACUCUGAAGGAGGGGAACCCUGAAGAAGACCUCACAGCUGACCAGACGAAUGCCCAGGCCGCGGCUCUCUACAAGGUCUCUGAUUCCACUGGACAGAUGGACCUGACCAAGGUGGCCGACUCCAGCCCCUUUGCCCCUGAGCUGCUGGUGCCCGACGACUGCUUCGUGCUGGACAACGGGCUCUGUGGCAAGAUCUACAUCUGGAAGGGGCGAAAGGCUAACGAGAAGGAGCGGCAGGCGGCCCUGCACGUGGCGGAAGGCUUCAUCUCCCGCAUGCAGUAUGCCGCAAACACUCAGGUGGAGAUUCUGCCCCAGGGCCGCGAGAGUCCCAUCUUCAAGCAAUUCUUUAAGGACUGGAAGUGAGGGUGGGCGUCCCCCUGCCCCUGCCUGCCUUUGUGUGCUCAGUGUUGAGAAGCCCCGCUGACUUCAAUAAAGGAAACCAGUGCCUUCCCCACUCUCC